CCCUCUACGUUCGUUGGUUCGUUGGUACUUGGUAGGGAUUUUGAUAGCUCUCGCAAUUCGCAAGCGCAAGCGCAAAUACCGAAUUGUCGAUGUCCGGGCCCUGAAAAACGUUACCGGUACUCGAUAGUGGUCGUUACGGCUGGAUUGAAACAUUUUUGACGUCAUCAAGUGAUUUUCAGGGGAAAAUGCGAUUGUCUUUCACUAGGCCUAAAUUAAUUUCUAAUGUUAUGAAAAGUGGGUCGUCUCUGGGACCCAAACAAUCUACUAGUGAUUGUUGGCGCCAGCAGAACUCGAGGUUGAAUACAAGAAUUUCAUCAUCGUCCUCCAAUCAAGUCAGACUUCAACUUCAAGGUUUCGUUGAACAAAGACCAAAACAUGAUAUUCGGCAGGAGCGAAUAAGAACUUACCUUUCAUGGACAUCAAAUGGUGAUGAAAGUGUGUCCAGAGUGGUUUCUAAACUGGUUGAAAAAUUUGAAAAUGAAGAUGUUCCAGAAGCAGAUGUUUCUGCUGAGAAUAUUGUUGCUCAUGCUUUAGGAAUUCAGCAGCUUUCAGAUUUUGCAAGAAUAGACCAAACAAAGAUCUUGUCAUCUGAUGAAAGAAAGAGGAUCACUGACUUAGCCAGUCAGAAAUUGGCAAGAGUACCGAUGCAGUAUAUUAUAGGAGAAUGGGAUUUCCGUGACAUCACUCUGAAGAUGAAGCCUCCAGUUUUUAUACCUAGACCAGAGACAGAGAUGUUGGUAGAUCUACUUGUCAGUCAUUAUGAAGAGGAUGAAGAACUUACAAUUCUUGAAGUUGGGUGUGGUUCUGGUGCCAUUUGUCUCUCACUCCUCUGUGAAUUUGAAAAGGCACACAUAACAGCAAUAGAUGCAAGUAAGGAUGCUGUUAGGCUAACACAAGAAAAUGCCUUAAGGCAUGGUCUAAGCAAUCGUCUCUGUGUUCACCACUCUGCUCUGACUAAUGAGAGUCCUCUACGUCUUGAUUCCAAGUAUGGAAACAGACACCGGUAUGAUGCCAUUGUCAGCAACCCACCCUACCUUUUCACCAAGGAUAUGGAUGACCUUGACCCAGAAAUCUUAAGGUCAGUAUCUUUCCUCCCUGUUGACAUUAAUAGAAGUUUUACAGAAACAAAUGCAUGAGAAACAGUUUGAGGUGAAAUUCCCUUCCUAAGUUCUGAUUGUACAAAAAUACCUAAUGAGGGCGAUUACUGGCUAAAACUCACAUCAAGUUUCUCGAAAUAGAUGUAUUUUUAGGUGACGUUUGUUAUUCUGAAGGUUCGUUAUUCCAAAGUUUCAAAUAUUCUGAAGGUUUGUUAUUUCAAAGGUUUGUUGUUCCGAAGGUUCGUUAGUCUGAAAACAAAAUAAUGUUUGUUAGUCCGAAAACGAAAUCAGGUUUGUUCUUCCAAAGGUUUGUUAGUCCGAAAACGAACAAGGGUUCAUUAGUCGGAAAAUGAAAUAAGGCUUGUUUUUCCGGAAAUGAAAUAAACCUAUUUUAGUAACAAAAACAUUGUUGUAAUUAAAAAAUAAUGAGAGUGGAGGAUGACACCUGAGGAUUUUGUGGCCAAAGCAUGUAUUGCAUCCAGAAGUGGCGUGGAACAAACAUCUUGAUUUUGAUUUUAUCUGAGCAGCUGCCGCAUGCCUGAGCAAAUGGAUUAAGAAUGUUGGGGACUGUGUGUUGGUCACCCGUGAAUAACUCAAGAUUUAUAAGGACAAUUUCUGUUUCUUGGGGGGCCAUUAUUUAGGGAAAUAUACUUUAAUGAAUCUAUGACAAUGAAACGGCCAGUAUCAAGUCGUAGUUCAUGAUUAAAUGUUCAUUGAACAUAAGGCUGGUAAUGACAGGAUAACUUAAAAAGUAUGUGGACCCAGUUCAUGAAACUUGGCCAUAAGGUUAAUCAAGUAUUAAUGAACAUCCUGCCUGAGUUUCUGAUCACAUGACCAAGGUCAAAGGUCAUUUAGGGUCAAUGAACUUAGACCAUCUUGGGGGAAUCAACAUCAAAAUCUUAACCUAAGAUUAAAUUUUUGAAAUGUCAUCAUAACUUAGGAAAAAAAAUGGACCUAGUUUAUAAAACUUAGACAUAAAGUUAAUCAGGUAUCACUGAACAUCAUGUGUGAGUUUCAGGUCACAUGACUAAGGUCAAAGGUCAUUAAGGUCAAUGAACUUUGGCCAUGUUGGAGGUUAUUAUUAAAUUGCCUUCAUAACUUUGAAAGUUUAUGGAUAUAGUUUAUGAAUUGUGGACAUAGGGGUAAUGAAGUGUCACUGACAAGUCUUAGGUCGCAUGAUCAAGGUCAAAUGUCAUUUAGGGUCAAUGAAUGUAGUAUUGUAUCAAUAUAUGAAUGGUGCUUUUUGUGAAUAAUUAUUUUAUAGUAGUUUUCAAAUUCAGCACUAGCUGCUAUAUUGAAUCAGGUAAUGCAGGUGAGACUGCUAGAAGCACUCCACUUGUUUUCUUUCAAGAUUGUAUUUCUUGGUUACCUAAGUAAAACAUUUUUCAAUAAGUCCUUGUUAAUCCUCACUAAUUGACUGACAAAGUAGACUGUUGUUUUUUGCAUUGUCAUUCAAAACAAAAUGUUGGUAAGGGUGGUUAGGGAAAAUACACUUUGGUGGAUGGAAGUACAAAACAACCAAUAGGAACAAGAUGUUCAUUAUUGACUAAUUGAUACGUACUUGGAACGUACUGAUGAAUGCUUUUUUGUCUCACCUGCAUAGCAGAGUGAGACUAUAGGCGCCGCUUUUCCGACGGCGGCGUCAACACCAAAUCUUAACCGAAGGUUAAGUUUUUGAAAUGACAGCAUAACUUAAAAAGUAUAUGGACCUAGUUCAUGAAACUUAGCCAUUAGGUUAAUCAAGUAUUACUGAACAUCCUGCCUGAGUUUCAUGUCACAUGACCAAGGUCAAAGGUCAUUUAGGGUCAAUGAACUUAGACCAUGUUGGGGGAAUCAACAUCAAAAUCUUAACCUAAGGUUAAGUUUUUGAAAUAUCAUCAUAACUUAAAAAAUAUAUGGACCUAGUUCAUGAAACUUGGCCAUAAGGUUAAUCAAGUAUUACUGAACAUCCUGCCUGAGUUUCUGAUCACAUGACCAAGGUCAAAGGUCAUUUAGGGUCAAUGAAUUUAGACCAUGUUGGGGGAAUCAACAUCAAAAUCUUAACCUAAGGUUACAUUUUUGAAAUGUCAUCAUAACUUAGGAAAUAUAUGGACCUAGUUCAUGAAACUUAGCCAUAAGGUUAAUCAAGUAUUACUGAACAUCAUGUGCGAGUUUCAGGUCACAUGACUAAGGUCAAAGGUCAUUAAGGUCAAUGAACUUUGGCCAUGUUGGAGGUUAUUAUUAAAUUGCCUUCAUAACUUUGAAAGUUUAUGGAUAUAGUUUAUGAAUUGUGGACAUAGGGGUAAUGAAGUGUCACUGACAAGUCUUAGGUCACAUGAUCAAGGUCAAAUGUCAUUUAGGGUCAAUGAACGUAGUAUUGUAUCAAUAUAUGAAUGGUGCUUUUUGUGAAUAAUUAUUAUAUAGUAGUUUUCAAAUUUAGCACUAGCUACUAUGUUGAAUCGUGUAAUGCAGGUUAGACUGCUAGAGGCACUCCACUUGUUUUCUUUCAAGAUUAUAUUUCUUGGUUGCCAAAGUAAAACAUUUUUCAAUAAGUCCUUGUUAAUCCUCACUAAUUGACUGACAAAGUAGACUGUUGUUUUUUGCAUUGUCAUUCAAAACAAAAUGUUGGUAAGGGUGGUUAGGGAAAAUACACUUUGGUGGAUGGAAGUACAAAACAACCAAUAGGAACAAGAUGUUCAUUAUUGACUAAUUGAUACGUACUUGGAACGUACUGAUGAAUGCUUUUUUGUCUCACCUGCAUAGCAGAGUGAGACUAUAGGCGCCGCUUUUCCGACGGCGGCGUCAACACCAAAUCUUAACCGAAGGUUAAGUUUUUGAAAUGACAGCAUAACUUAAAAAGUAUAUGGACCUAGUUCAUGAAACUUGGCCAUAAGGUUAAUCAAGUAUUAUUGAACAUCCUGCCUGAGUUUCAUAUCACAUGACCAAGGUCAAAGGUAAUUUAGGGUCAAUGAACUUAGACCAUGUUGGGGGAAUCAACAUCAAAAUCUUAACCUAAGGUUAAGUUUUUGACAUGUCAUCAUAACUUAAAAGAUAUAUGGACCUAGUUCAUGAAACUUGGCCAUAAGGUUAAUCAAGUAUAACUGAACAUCCUGCAUGAGUUUCACGUCACAUGACCGAGGUCAAAGGUUAGGGUCAAUGAACUUUGGCCAAAUUGGGGGUAUCUGUUGAAUUACCAUCAUAACUUUGAAAGUUUAUGGAUCUGAUUAAUGAAACUUAAACAUAAGAGUAAUCAAGUAUCACUGAACAUCCUGUGCGAGUUUCAGGUCACAUGAUUAAGGUUAAAGGUCAUGUAACUUCAUGUAAGGUCAAUGAACUUUGGCCAUGUUUGGGGUAUUUGUUGAAUUACCAUCAUAUCUCUGUAAGCAGGGUGCUACAUAACUUUUUAGAAGCACUUGCCCAGUUGGGCAAGUGAAUUUCUAAAUAGUUGGAAAAUACUUGCCUGAAAAUACAUUUCACUUGCCCGAAAAAAAUACUUCAAAAUAAUGUUUUACCGCUUCAAAAAAGUACUACCAUUUUAUAUACCAUUGCCCCUUUCCUUUCAUUUUAAUGUGAACUAUUGUACCUUGUAAUAUUUUUUUUCAAAGUUAUUUUACCUCCUAUGACCGAAAUUGGUGUCAAUACACCAUUUGAUUAAUUUUCUCUAUCAUAUAUUUUCAUGUGCUUUUGUAUAUGAUCGUGACAAAAAAUAAUAAGGGGAAUCACUAAAAAUAACUAAAGAAGAAAGAAGGAAAGGAAAGGGAAGGAAGGAAGGAAGGAAGAAAGGAAGAAAGAAAGAAAGAGGGAAGGUGAAUGAAUGGGUGAAGGAAAGGAUGAAGGAGAGAAAGAAAUAAGGAAAGAAAAGAGAUGAAUGGAGAUGAAAGAAAUAAUAAAGGAAAGAAAAAAAGGUUUCUUCAUUCUUUGAAAUUAAUAAAGAAAAAGGGAAAGAAGCACAUGAAAGGAAGGGAAAAUGAAUUAAUGGGUGAAAGAAAGAAUGGAAAGAAAAAAGGGGGAAAACAAAGUAAGAAAAAGGGAAAAAAGAGAGAAUGAAGAAAAAAUAUUUCCUGCAUUUUUUGAAAGAAAGAAAGAAAAGAAAGAAAGAAAGAAAGGGGAAAAAUAGGAAGGAAGGACUGAA